AGAGAUAUAUAAACUCAAGACCUAAGUAUAGCCGGUAGAGACUACCUUAUUAGACACACGGAUCGGUGUGUGCGCUACAAGUGUACGAUCAGUGUCCCUUUUCCUCCAAGCACGGCAGAACUCUUCCGAAGUCUUCUGAAAAUGGCCAGCAAAGAGCAAACCGUUGUGUCUGAAUGUGCGUGCCAGCUGCGCAGAAUGGGAGAUAUGAUCAACUGGAAAUACGUGUUGCUGCAUUUGAUUGCCAGAAACUACAAACCGGUCGUGAAGAUUAAAUGAACAGAACAGAUCGGAGAACAGUACGUGACCUAAUCUAUCGCUGUUGGAAGGCAAUCAAGCAUUUUCGUGACCGGUAAAUACGCUCCCGACUAUGGCGCAUUGUCCGUGCGACCGGUUCACCGGAACAACUGGCGCAAGUGGAACGACGAGGAGCUCAUGGACACCUUUGCGGACACAAUCCCUGGACACUGGAAGUCCUUAAUUCAUUUAUGCGAAGAGACUGAAAUGGCACACUCAAACCUCAGCGACAGGCUUUGGCUGGCUCUGCUUUGUUCUUCAUUUACUUUAAGAUCUGCGGAAGACUUCGAACCGACAGGCUGACGCUCGUACACGUCUGGGAAUAUGCAGUGGUAAUGAUGUUGUUGCUUUGUGCAUGUAGCUUUCAUUUAGGUCUCACUUAGAUUGACAUGACCUACUACCAAGGAACUAGAGACCCAAAGAAAAUCAUGUGAUUUAAGUAAUCAAAUAUUUCAUGGCGCUGUGUGUACAGUGGUUGAAAUGUUAUUGUUUUUCCUAAUGUUUAUGAAAUGUCAUUGUAAUAAAUUUGAAAACGAC